AAGCGCAAGUCGUGUGAAUUCAAAAUUUAUAAUAGUUUUUGUCCAUAGCAACAAAAACAAAACAUAAGGUCCAGUAAUAACUAUUGUUUCCAGGCAUUUUUCUCUAGAUUUCCCCGGUAUACUUUAUUUCUGAAUAUUUUUUAUGAAUCUAGUAAAUUAUGCUGAUCCCAAUGUAAUUGUCAUAAUUUAUUACAAUACUAUAUUGUCACUGAUUGAAUCUAUCAAAUAAUAUACAUUGGUUAUUUCUAAUAAAUGUUUACUUCUAAAGCAAAUGUUGAGGAUUUUAUAUGGGCUAUAAGACAGAGACAUGAGAAUAAGAGAGUAGAGGAAUUGAGAGCUAGGGCUACUAUAUAUGAAGAUAGAAGAAAAAGUUUAGAUUCCAACUUAUUCUGGGAGACUAAGACAAAAAUACUAGCUUCUCUUAUGCCUGAUGAGGUUCUUCAAGAUGUUAAUGACUAUUCACAUAAGCAUUACAACGCUUGUUUGCUUCUGGGGGACGUUUCAGGGUUCACUGAAUUGACUGAAAAGUACAACCAAGCCGGCAAAGGUGGUCCUUCACGUCUAACUUUAGUUCUUAAUGGAUAUAUUGGUGCCUUAGUACAAGAAAUAAUGUCUUUUGGCGGCGAUAUUUUUAAAUUUUCAGGAGACGCCUUCUUGGCUCUUUGGAAAUGUAAAGACGAACAACAGAUCAUGAGAGACUAUGUCCAUCAAGCAUUGGACUGCGCUGUAGUUAUCCAAAAAAACUAUGGUUCUUUCAGAACAGACGUCGGAACGUACUUAAGAGUAAAAUUAGCUAUAUCAGCUGGACCUGUAUUAUUUACCUUGAUUGGAAAUGAGAAAUACAGCCAUUAUAUUGUGAUUGGGAAACCUGUUGCAGAUGUUAAAGAUGCUGAGCACCGCACAUCUCCUGGAGAAAUAAUAGUGGCUCCCUCUGCUUGGUACCAUGUCAAUAGUACUGAUUACCUAUCUAUUGAACUUGAAGGAGCUUUCAGGAAGGUUUUAGGCGUGGGGCCAGGCUGGAGACAUAUAAAGGGUGAUACCAAAUAUUCUAUAACUUCUCAUCAGUUGGAGGAAGACUUUUCCGAGGAUCUGCAACUGGGCAAAAUGGAAUCAGAAGAAAUGUUUAUUCAGAAAAAAAAUGUGGAAUUUUCAUUGAGACCUGUGAUGCACCAGGUCCAGGCCAGCAGAGAGAGCUUAAGAAAAUUCAUUCUGCCUCCUGUUAUGAGCUGCAUUGAUCGAAAUGAGCCAAUUGAGUAUCUCACAGAAAUGAGGAGGACAGUUAUCAUGUUCAUAAACUUGUCUUCAAAAAGGUGUACUUAUGACCAGUUGGCGAACCUUGUUAACGAAUGCUACAUUGAGAUAUGCAAAAACGUUGAAAUGUAUAAAGGAUGCGUGAACAAAGUAUGCUUGUUUGAUAAGGAUAUAAUGUUUGUCAUAAUAUUCGGAUUGAGAGGUUUCAAGCAUGACCUGGAGUGCCAAUAUGCUCUCAAAUGCGCCUCAGUUACUUUUGAAUUCCUUAACAAUCACAAGUCUGUGAAGACUGCCUCCAUAGCCUGUACCACUGGUAAAACCUAUUGUGGUAUCGUGGGACACACUCUUAGGAGAGAGUACACAGUCAUGAGUCUAAUGGUAAACAAGGCAGCCAGGAUCAUGGUCAAUUACCCAGAUAGAGUGGCUUGCGACAGCUCCACCUUCCAACAUAGCAAGAUGGAGGCGAAGUAUUUCCUGCUGCAAGUGUACAAACCGCUCAAGGGCAUAAGUAAUCCAGGACCAAUAUACGAGUUUCUCGAGUUAGAUACUAAAACCGCUGAACAGGCAAGCGUUGCCGUGAACUUCUACCCUAUCCUAGGAAGGGAUGAGGAGGUCAAGCUUUACCUCGAAAAUAUGAAGAUUUUCAUAGAGAACGCGAGGAACAUUACAGAUAAGCUGCCUAACUACAACAGGAUGAUAAUAAUAAAGGGUUGGCCUAGACAGGGCAAGACAAGACUCCUAGAAGAGUUUUUGUUCCGAACAGAUCCAUCAAUACCAGUGACAAGGCUUCUGCUCGAUGAGAACGACGCUAAGGUGGACUAUGGUGCAGUGAGAAAUAUUCUAUACUCCAUGCUGGGUUUCACUGACCUCACGCCAAUGGAAGAGGUACAAAAAAAACUGUUUACUUUGCUGGGUUCUUACCACGAAGAACACUUAAGUUGCCUGAAUAAUAUUCUAAAUGUGAACUUCCCAAUAUCAGAAGAAUUCUCCAGCAUGUCGGAAAAGGAUAAGGAGAUAUCAACAGGAAAGAUGGUGAAGAAUUUGUGUUAUUCUUGCUUACCGUCUGUGUGGAUAGUGGCGGUGGAUAAAUCCAAGUUCAUAGAUCAGCUGUCAUGGAAGAUAUAUCCGGCCAUGAUUGCAUGUAGGUAUAUCUUUUUCAUUCAGACCCUGGACGCCUUCCAUGUACCAAGCCACCAGUUUAAAAGAGUGAUGGCUCACAAAAAUGUCCAUGUACUGCAAAUAACCAACAUACCCAAGUUAUACCACGCAGGCCUAGCCUGUCAGAUUUUGAAUGUUUCUGCUAUAUCUGCUGAUCUAGAGAACUUAAUUCAAAGCAAAAGUAAUGGCAACUGCGGAUGGAUGGAGACAGUCUUAAUCAGUUUGCUACAGUCCCACAACAUAUUCAUCAGAAAUGCCGAUUUUAGUACAGUACACGAGUACGGACUGGUCGCUCCACCUCUUUAUAUGUUACGGAGGAUGUCACAAGAUCACAUAAAUAAAUGGAAUGAGGUUAUGGAGGUUAAAACUACGCAGACUGACAAAAUCAUCGAUAGAUGGAGUAUCUACAUUGGCACAUGCAGGGAUGAAUCCUUGGAGAUAACAGUGAGGGAGAAGAUUCACCAGAGCUUCACUGAGAAUUCCACCCUGCAAGUCUGCUUCACGAACCCAACGUGUAAUUAUUUACAUAUUGACGCCGAGCUCUCCAAGGAGGGGCACCUGAUAAUGACGUUCGAUUCUUUGACCUAUCAGGAGCAGCUACUGCUGAAAAUCAGCUCGGUUCUGGGUGACAGCUUCACUAGGAGUUUACUCAUUUACGUGAUGCAAAGUGAUUCAACUACCAGGGAGAUCGCCGAAGUGGUAAAGAGCUUGUUCGAGAAAAGGGUGCUAUGUUGCGCCAAGGGGGACUUCAGCGAGGGGGGAAACUACCUUCUGAUCAGAGACAAAAUGGUUGAUCCCAGCAAAGACCUCAAGAUCAAGUGUUAUUGCGUAGGGAUUUACAUGUGUGAUGAUGUAAAAGAUUUUCCCAAGUACGCCUCUUGCGGUUAUCUACGCUUCAUCUCGUCCAGAUUCCGUCUGACGACAUACAACCUGCUAACUGACGCUCAGAAAAAGAUGUUUCAUGCCAGAGCUGUCAAGUACUUGCUAAAGGAGACCAGAAAAUGCACUUCCUGUGGUGGCGCUUAUUUCGAACUGGAAGGAUAUUGUCUGAUUGAAGAUAAUAGGAUUAAACCGAAGCACUCUAAGGGCAUUAAGAGAUCGAUCUCUUCUCAAGACAUUUCAGACAACUCCAUCAGUAUCUACGGCGGUUCGAUGUAUUCUGGUUACACCGAAAGAUCGGAACCCACCACAAUCUCGUCCUACGGCAAACGGAGCAACGUCUUAGGCAGGUCCUUCGGUUUUAGGUCGGUGGGGAUGGGACCAUCCCUGGGAACUUCCCUCGGCCAUGCAUUGGCACCCUCUCUGGAAGAGAGUGAAGAUCGUUCUUUCUACGCCCAGUACUUUGGAAUCUUGAACCCGUUGAAGGUACUCCGAUACAAGGACAACUAUUCCUUGACGAAGCCAUUUACUAGAGCGGAUUUCCAAACAUGCUACUGCCAUUUAAUAUUAGCUUUUUUCUACAAUCAAUUAGUGUAUCAUUAUAGGGGCGCAGGGCAAUGGCUGGACAUGAUUAAUUCCAUGAUCGAGUAUGCAAAAGUCUGCGUGGUAGAGAGGAACUUUGCAGAAGGGCUUAACUGCGUGAGGAAUGCCUUGCACUUUUUAGCUACAUCUGGGGAGAAUAUAGGAGAGCCAAACUGGAGGAUACCGGUCUACGAGGGUAAACUUUAUAUCUGGUACGGAGCCAUUCUCUUGUCGCAAGAUCAGCGGGAAGAGGCCCUGAAGACCCUGUACCUAUCGAUGACUAAACUUGGUUAUCCCUUCCCCAUGACCAAGAUCACGAUUCACUUAAGGCUGUGGCUAAAGAAGCUAAAGCAGAAGCUACGCAUGUACCUCUUUCCAGACAAUUUUGUGAGGCAUAACCUCAGCAAAGAAGACAACGAAGUUGUUGACAGUGUUUCCUGCUGUCUGAACAAAAUGUUUGGCAUUUUUCUAUAUCAGAACAAUUUGAAGAGAGCGGAAUUAACGGCUGUGUGGAGCCUGACCAGAGCACUUCAAGCUGGGAAGAAUCUGUUCCAGGUAUGUUCUGCCUUCAGCAAUAUGAUUCUGAUCGCCAACUAUAAGAAGAACAAGUUUUGGGGCGUAGUUCUGGAAGUGCACGCCCUCCGUUUCUGUCACAAGAAGAAAUUUGGCAUCGAUCCUCCGGAACUAAAGGCAAUCAUCAAGCUCUACAACAUCAUCUUUGAGACCAGACUGGCGAGGGCAGAGUUCGAUGAUUCUUUACAGAUUGGGUACAUUUUAUCCAGGUUGACGAUUGCUGUGAACGACAUCAUGUCUACCAUCAGGGUAUUCUCAAGGAUCAUGUUGAUGCUCCUUGUCAAGCUUUAUCUUCCAGAAUGUAUAACGAUUAUGCAGGAAAUGUGCUACCAAAUGGAGGAGUCGGACGAUCCCCAAGCAAAAUCCGAAUUUUACGCUUGCGCCCUACUUUUUCACGUAGAGACUGGCUACAAUUAUGUUCCUAUCAAGGAUAUCGAUAAAUUCUACAGAGGAGAAUUCGCACUGUCUUCCCGUCUGCCGCAAAGGAGGUUCUUGAUGUUGCUUAGAACAUGGUUUUGCCGUACAGGCCAAUGGGAGCGAGCGAAGAUUGUAAGCAAUCAGCUUUUGAGUGUGAAGCCCAAUAAGGAUCUAAUAGAGAUGACUAUUCAUAUAAGUUCCUGCCUGCAAAUGCUCUAUGAAGCUGAGUACGAGCUGCUGAAGUUGGUACAUAUGAUCAACAAGAGGAAUAUCUAUGGCCAGUCCAAAACUAAAGCCAAGCUGGCAGAAUACUGGAAGUACAUGGAGAGUCGCAUGGACGUGGUGCCGCUGAUCAAGUCAAGAAUGUACAUGCUUAAGGCUUUUCAGGCUGUCAUCUUCGAAAAUGAAAGUAAAGUACAGAGGAAUUUGAGAAAGGCUAGAAAAUUUGCUGUGAAGCAGGAAAAUUUACUACAACAGAAGCUCCUUAAUUUUUUGGAAACGUUUUGGCAAGAUAAAACUCCUGAGGAAAAUGUUGAAGCAUGGAUCAAACAUACAGAACCAGACAAUUAUAUGGAAUAUAAUCAACUUCAUCAUGCAGAUAACAUUAUGUGUUUUCCAUUUGAACCUCCCUUAUAUUAUUGAUCAACAUAAAACUUUUAUUGCAUAUAUGAAUUUGUACUCUACAAUUUAAAGAUUGAUUGUAUAUAGUAAUAAAGUCCACAUAACAAAUAAAAUAUAUCUUUCUGGCAUAAUAACAAAAAACAAUAAAAAAAACUACUUCAAUCAAAUAACAAUAAACAAUAUGAAAAACAACUGACCUAUCUUCAAGAAUGUUUUCUUUGAAUAUGCCUUCUCAAAUUACAGGCAAAAGUUGCUCUGUAAUGGCAAAACUUGCAUGGAAAAAUCUUGAUCUCUUUGUGGUCCUCACUGAAAUGCAAAUCAAAUAAAUCUCUCCUCAAAGUUUUGAAACUGCAGCGGGUACAUUCAUAAUGUUUUUUCUUUGGAGUGUGGAUGGCUUGCAUGUGUCUACGAUAAGAGUCUAUACGGGUUCCUACAUAACUGCAAA